AUGCAACCGACGACGAUGCUUCCGAAACUUACGGAAACCACUCAACUUGUAACAUUUUCGGAAGAUGAAGGAGUAUGUACAGCAGAAGUGUUUGCUACUGAUGUAGUGAUUAACACAAAUCCUGGCAAUCACAACCAUGGCAGCUCCAAUGUGAAGUUGAAGAACUUAGUGGACUACAACUGGGAGCCUAAAUUCUACCCAGGACAGCUGCUUGCGACUCACAUGACUGGAAAAUACCUAGCAUAUUCAAUCAAAGCUCCAAAUGCCGCCAGUCCUGGUAUGUGGACUGGAAUGGUGCGUGUUGUUUACAACCCUGAGCCUGGAACAGACCGCCGUGCCUUAAUCAAAGGCAUGAAAGGAGAAGUACAAGACUUAGCGUUUGCUCACAUACAAAAUCAAGUAGUGCUAGCAUCAAUUGACGAGCACGGUAGUUUUUAUGUUCAUGAAAUAGAAGCAACAGAUAGUGGUCUCAGAUGCACCCUGGUGGCGGAGGAGCACGUGGAGUCGGAGGCAGCUGUGUCCGGGGCAGGAGGCGCCGCGCACCGCGUGGUGUGGUGCCCGUAUAUACCCGACGACGACGACCAGCCAGACGACGACGUCGCCAGGCUGCUGCUCACCACCCAUGAUAACACAGCGCGCAUGUGGAACAUCCGCACGGGGGCGGGGGGCGAGGGCGAGGGCGAGGGCGGGGGCGUGGGCGCGCUGGGGGGCGCCGCGUGGGGCGCGGAGCACGGCGCGCCGCUGGUGGACGCGGCCUUCUCGCCCGACGGCACCGCGCUCGCCACCGCCGCCGCCGACGGAUACGUCAUGUUCUACCAGUCGCUUUGUGAUUAUUUUUCUGACGAAAAAAUUCUACGAUUUGGCUGCAAUAGACCCCUUACAAAUGAGCCUGAUACAAAUACGAGAAAAACGGAAAUAAUAAGAUAUAAGCCUGGAAUAUUUUUAAUAGAGUUUGUGAGCCAAUUACAAGAGACUAUAUUUAAGAAUCCAUCUCUCAUUUUAGCUACGGAAGGUGUACAUGCACAACGAGAGCAGCCCGCGCUGCCUACACAAGUGGCAGCCGCACGCGGGCGCGCCCCUCUCGUGUUUGUUCUUUCUGGACAACCACAAACAAUACAACACAGACGUUCAAUUUUGGAAGUUCGCCGUGACCGGCGCGGAGAACAACACGAUCAUCAAGAUAUGGUCGUGCAAGUCGUGGAACUGCCUGCAGACGAUCAGGUUCUCGGCGGGGCCGGGCGCGGGUGGUGGGGGGCGGGUGCGGGGGCGGGGGCGCUGGCGCUGAAGGCGGUGGUGGACGCGAGCGCGCGCUGGGUGGUGGUGUCGUGCGGGCAGGCGCGCGCGCUGUACGUGCUGCACGUGCCGCGCGACCACGCUGACCGCGCCGCCGCCUGCCGCGCCGUGGCCGAGCUGCUGCUGCCCUACCCGGUGCUCAGCUUCUGCAUACUGGACGCAGAGGAGGAGCAAGUUAAGUGUGAAUCGAGCUGCGACGAUCCGUUCCAUACGAACGGCUCAACGGCCGACAUGCCCGACUCGCCCGACGACUUUGAUCUCCAACAAGAUGAGGACGCGGUCGGCAGCGGUGGUGAAGGCGCGGAAGAGAGCGACAAACGCGUCCGCAUCAGACUGUACAUCGUACAACCUAAGGGAUUACAGGAGGCGGAACUCACAUACUGCCCCCCACCACUGCACCGCGUGGAAGCGGAAGCGAGCGUGGAGACAGGAGUAGCGUCCAGCAUCCUACAGCAGCAGAGCCAGCAGCUCAAGAACCUGCUCAUGCGGUCACAGACGCAGCCGGGCAGCUUAAUAGUGCCACGUGCCGAGUCGCCCGUCAUCGCCCCGCCGCUGAAUCUCAUGACCCCCGACGCCUUCAGUUCGCCGGGUAAACGCGACGAAGAUGACCCUCCACUGUCGGCCACGCCCGACGUGCCCGGGGCGCCGCGCGUCAGUAACCAAGGUGUGAACGAGGCGUCGGGCACGGUGACGAGCGGUGGUGGGGGCGGGGGCGGGGGCGGGGCGGAGCUGCACAAGCUCACGUCGGGCGGCUCCAGCCCCAGUCGGGAGGUACAGGAGAUCAUGGGCCACAACGACCGCGCCUACUACAAAGACCACAUGGAAGAGAAUCAGGAAGUGGAAGAAGAAGUAGACUCUGCGGACGUGGUAACGAGCGACGCGGUAGCGGAAGCGGACGCGAGCGACGAUUACCCGCGACCUGAAGUAUACAACGCUACAGAGACCGCUCCCACUAAUAUCAGCAACGAGACACUGUGGCCGCAAAUAUCUCUCGCGCAGAUAUCGGAGGCCAACCAGCGCAAGGCCUCCAGCGAGAAGUCCAGCAGCCAGUCCCUCAACACCUCGCUCCUGCACAACGACAGGCUCUCGCCCGCUGACCGCUCCAGGCUACUGGCACUGGACCACAAGCUCGACAAACUCACAGAGCUAGUGUCGGCGCAGAGCCGCGAGCUGCGGUCGCUGCGCGCGGCGGUGGGCAGCCCGCGCCAGGCGGUGGACGCCGCGCUGCACGCGCACACGCAGCGCACCGCCGCCGCCGUGCACGACGCGCUCGCCGACGGGUUCGAGCGCAUCUCGCGCAUCGGCGAGGCGGCCAGCAGCCGCGCCGCGCAGGCCGCCGGGCUGGGCGCCGCCCGCGGGCUGGAGCCCCUCGCGGCCGCGCUGCAGCACGAGCUGGCCACCAAGCUCACCGCCACCGACCAUCUGCUGCGCGACAACAUCGAGAAGCUGGCCAACAGCAAGGCGAGUGCGGAACGCGACCUCACCUCGCCAACGAUUAAUUCACUUUAUACUAUUAUGCUGAUGGAAAAGUUGAGCACGUCCAUAGCGAAGUCCCUAUCGGAAAUGGUCCGCGAACAGUUCCGCGAGGCGUUAAUGGAGAGCGUCGUGCCCGUCGUAGAGAAAGCGCACGCGCACAUGUUCAGACAGAUCAACGCCGCAUUCCAAGCUGGCACUAAGGAAUUCGCGGCCAACACGGAGGCGGCGGCCCGCGCGGCGGCGGAGCGCGGCGCGGCGGCGAGCACGGCGGCGCUGCGGGCCGCCAUAGAGCGGCACGCGGCCACCCUGCACGCCCUCCCCGCCCCGCCCGCCCCGCAACACUACACCGCCGCCAUACAGGACGCCGCGCACACGUACGUAUACGCACCGCCGCCCACCACUGCUGCACUACACUACACUACACCACACCGCCGCCAUAGAGCGGCACGCGGCCACCCUGCACGCCCUCCCCGCCCCGCCCGCCCCGCAACACUACACCGCCGCCAUACAGGACGCCGCGCACACAGCGGCACGCGGCCACCCUGCACGCCCUCCCCGCCCCGCCCGCCCCGCAACACUACACCGCCGCCAUACAGGACGCCGCGCACACGUACGUAUACGCACCGCCGCCCACCACUGCUGCACUACACUACACUACACCACACCGCCGCCAUAGAGCGGCACGCGGCCACCCUGCACGCCCUCCCCGCCCCGCCCGCCCCGCAACACUACACCGCCGCCAUACAGGACGCCGCGCACACGUACGUAUACGCACCGCCGCCCACCACUGCUGCACUACACUACACUACACCACACCGCCGCCAUAGAGCGGCACGCGGCCACCCUGCACGCCCUCCCCGCCCCGCCCGCCCCGCAACACUACACCGCCGCCAUACAGGACGCCGCGCACACAGCGGCACGCGGCCACCCUGCACGCCCUCCCCGCCCCGCCCGCCCCGCAACACUACACCGCCGCCAUACAGGACGCCGCGCACACGUACGUAUACGCACCGCCGCCCACCACUGCUGCACUACACUACACUACACCACACCGCCGCCAUAGAGCGGCACGCGGCCACCCUGCACGCCCUCCCCGCCCCGCCCGCCCCGCAACACUACACCGCCGCCAUACAGGACGCCGCGCACACGUACGUAUACGCACCGCCGCCCACCACUGCUGCACUACACUACACUACACCACACCGCCGCCAUAGAGCGGCACGCGGCCACCCUGCACGCCCUCCCCGCCCCGCCCGCCCCGCAACACUACACCGCCGCCAUACAGGACGCCGCGCACACCGGCACGCGGCCACCCUGCACGCCCUCCCCGCCCCGCCCGCCCCGCAACACUACACCGCCGCCAUACAGGACGCCGCGCACACGUACGUAUACGCACCGCCGCCCACCACUGCUGCACUACACUACACUACACCACACCGCCGCCAUAGAGCGGCACGCGGCCACCCUGCACGCCCUCCCCGCCCCGCCCGCCCCGCAACACUACACCGCCGCCAUACAGGACGCCGCGCACACAGCGGCACGCGGCCACCCUGCACGCCCUCCCCGCCCCGCCCGCCCCGCAACACUACACCGCCGCCAUACAGGACGCCGCGCACACGUACGUAUACGCACCGCCGCCCACCACUGCUGCACUACACUACACUACACCACACCGCCGCCAUAGAGCGGCACGCGGCCACCCUGCACGCCCUCCCCGCCCCGCCCGCCCCGCAACACUACACCGCCGCCAUACAGGACGCCGCGCACACGUACGUAUACGCACCGCCGCCCACCACUGCUGCACUGCACUACACUACACUACACCACACCGCCGCCAUAGAGCGGCACGCGGCCACCCUGCACGCCCUCCCCGCCCCGCCCGCCCCGCAACACUACACCGCCGCCAUACAGGACACCGCGCACACGUACGUAUACGCACCGCCGCCCACCACUGCUGCACUACACUACACUACACCACACCGCCGCCAUAGAGCGGCACGCGGCCACCCUGCACGCCCUCCCCGCCCCGCCCGCCCCGCAACACUACACCGCCGCCAUACAGGACGCCGCGCACACCGGCACGCGGCCACCCUGCACGCCCUCCCCGCCCCGCCCGCCCCGAAACACUACACCGCCGCCAUACAGGACGCCGCGCACACGUACGUAUACGCACCGCCGCCCACCACUGCUGCACUACACUACACUACACUACACCACAUCACACCACACCACACCACACCACACCACACUACACCACACCGCCGCCAUAGACAGGACGCAAUGCAUAUUUGUAUCAAUAAUAACACUCUUCGCCUGGUAUGGACUGGUCGUGAGUCUCCGCUGCCUCUUUCGAAUGACGUGAAAUUUUUCCCCGAUUUUAGGGUAAUUUCGAAGAUUUACCCCAAAAAGGAAAAUGGUAAAAACUGCAUCGGAUGCGCUAUUGAGUUGGCCACACCGGUACGGAGCCGGAUUUUCAAAAUUCAAGAUGGCGGUCAAACCAGCGGCCGUUUUAUCCGGAAAAUUGGGUAUCGUCACCGCAUCGAGCCGAUUUUGACGCACUUGGCGACAUUUGUCAGAGUACUUCCGGGGAAACAUUUUUUAGGCAAAUACCCGAUGGAAAAAUUAGAACGAUCGACUGGCAACACUGAGAGCAAACAACGUUUAAAAUUCAACCUCGAUUUUGACCGACUUGGCAACCCCGCAGGGAAGUUUUUGAGAUUUACCCCAAAAACUCUAACUGUCAAAGAAAUAAUUUUAGAACUUGAAAACUGGUAUCGGUCGAUGGAGGGCGCACCCCGAAAUGACAUUUGA